AUGUCAAUUCAAUUUGUCAAGUCAACCGAUGACUUUAAGAAAUAUGUUUCCCAUAAUAAAUAUUUAGUGGCAAAUUUCACUGCUCUGUGGUGUGGACCAUGUCAAGCUAUAAAACCAGUGGUUGAUCAAUUAUAUAGUGAUUCAAAUGCUCGAUAUGAAUAUAUUGAAGUAGUUAGGGUUGAUUUGGAUCUGCAACGUGAAUUGGCUACUAAUUAUACUAUAACUUCAGUUCCAACUUUUGUAUUUAUUGAAAAUGGUAAAGAAUCAAGUAGAGUUACUGGAGCUAAUAUUCCUGAAUUAAUUAAGAGUUUAGAUUCAAUGAAUGAAAAGGCUAAGAAUGAAAGUGAUGUGAAAGUAAGAGCUGGAAAUGGUACCUCAUCAGUAUCAUCAGCUACUGAGAAUGAAACUGUUAAACAGAUUAAUGCAUUAAUACCAAAAGGAUUUGAAUCAUUGAAUUCAUCAAUUGAUUUUGGAGGUUUCCAAGCAUUGAAUGCAUUACCAUUAUAUAAGACCAAUUCAGAAGCUCUUAAGAAUGUAUUUAAAUUGACUACUAGUUCUGAUAAUGAUAAGAAUACUGUUUUAUCAGAUGCUGAUUCUCAAUUAUUAUUUUUCAUUCCAUUAUUAAAUAUUUCUAAAGUUUAUUCGAUAUUAAUUAAAUUUAAGACUGAUUUAGAUAGUUUAAAGACUGAAGAAGAAGAAAAGUUAGAAUUAGAUAAAGAUGAUUUUGAAGAAACUCAAAUUCCAAAUGUUAUAAAAGUAUUUGCUAAUCAAUUCAAUAUACCAACUUUUGAUGAAGCAUCAUCAGCUCAAGCUCCUCAUAGUGAAAGUAUAGAAAAAGUUGAAGGUAGUGAUUGGUAUGAAGCCAAAUUGAAAUUUGUUAGAUUUCAAUCUGUUCAAACCUUGACUAUAUUCUUGGAUGGAGCUGAAGAAGAUUAUCAUACCUUGAUUGAUAAGAUUGUGGUUGUUGGUAUUAGUGGAGAGACCAAAGAGCAAGGUUCAGUGAAUAAGUUGGAAGAUGAAGAGUAA